AUGAAAAAAGUAGGAAUUCAAUUAUACAAGGAACUCACGCUACUAUGGGGUUCAGCAGGAAUGUUUGCGCAAAAGCGGGUUUCAAACUCGGUCGAAGUUUUUAAAAUAACACCAGAAAAUGAUCGCGCAGAACAUAUAAAUUUAGAUUCUGGACAUAUAAAUUUAGAUUGUAAAGCUUACGGUGCUGUUGCUUAUCAACAAUGUUUAUAUGACACAGGAGAAGUGAACUGUGUGAUCAUAAUGUCAAAAGCCCGAGUAAGUACAUUGCAAUCUGUUAGUAUACCAAGACUUGAGUUACUUGGAACUGUCCUCGGUUUACGACUUGCAGAGAAGAUUGUCAAGGUAUUGAAGCUGGAAACUAAGGACGUAACUAUAUGGUGUGACAGUCUUAAUGUUUUAUGGUGGAUAAAAAAUCCAAGUCGAAAGUUGAAACCAUUUGUUGCCAACCGUGUUGGAUUCAAUCAAUCAAAGACUGAACUAAAACAAUGGAGAUACAUACCAACAAAAACUAAUGUAGCUGAUUUACUAACAAGAGGAACAACAGUUAAAGAAUUAGAAAGCAAUUAUGUAUGGUCGCAUGGACCAAGUUUCCUUGAUUCUUUAGAAGAAAAUUGGCCGCUGAAUCACAUUGAAAAUACACAAGAGGCUUCAAUUGAAGUAAAGAAAAAUCCAGUAUUAAUGAAAUUUGCAUUAUCCACUGAAGUAACAAAGCAAUUGCUUGAUAUAAACAAGUUCUCAUGUUGGAAAAAACUUGUCAGGAUAAACGGCUGGAUCCAUCGGUUUAUAGGAAAAUGUCGAUUUGAAACAAACUUUUGUAAAAAGGGUGAUAUAGCAGCUGAUGAAUAUCAUGAAAGCGAAAAAAAAAUCAUAGCUAAAGUUCAAAAAGAAAGCUUUAAACAAGAAUAUAGCAACAUUGAAAAAGGAAAACCGAUAUCGAUAUCAAGCAAAAUCAUUUCUUUAAAUUCGCAAAUUGACGAAGACGGAUUAUUGCGAUCUUGUAGUCGAUUGAAAAAUGCCCAUUACUUACCCUACGAUGUAAAGUAUCCAAUCACUUUGCCGAGAGGACAUACAAUAACAAAAUUGAUUGUUAAGCAUUACCAAGACGAAGCCAAUCAUGUGAUGGGAACAAAUCAAUUAUUAACAAAACUAUCGGAAUGA